GAGCAGCUCGUGUUCAGCAGCUUUUUCUCUGGAAACAUUUGGAAACAAGCAGCUCCACACAGGACGGCUGAAGCUACGCGCUGACACUGAGAAGGACGAAGAGAAGAUCAUUCUGCAGCAGGACAUCAUCAUCUCUCACAUCUGCCACAUCUCUACCAUGAAGAUGCUGACUGUGUCCGUGUUUGUGUGUGCCAUGAUGGCUCUGACCAGAGCUACUCCUCUUCCAGAAACAGAGGACGAGCCUGUGACACAGGACAUUAUGGUUGAUCCUUAUACAGAUGGAGACAGCUGGACUCCAAUUACAACUCCAGAAACAGCUUAUACAGAUGGAGACAGCUGGACUCCAAUUACAACUCCAGAAACAGCUCUUCCAGAAACAGAGGACGAGCCUGUGACACAGGACAUUAUGGUUGAUCCUUAUACAGAUGGAGACAGCUGGACUCCAUUUACAACUCCAGAAACAGUUUAUACAGAUGGAGACAGCUGGACUCCAAUUACAACUCCAGAAACAGCUCUUCCAGAAACAGAGGACGAGCCUGUGACACAGGACAUUAUGGUUGAUCCUUAUACAGAUGGAGACAGCUGGACUCCAUUUACAACUCCAGAAACAGCUUAUACAGAUGGAGACAGCUGGACUCCAAUUACAACUCCAGAAACAGCUCUUCCAGAAACAGAGGACGAGCCUGUGACACAGGACAUUAUGGUUGAUCCUUAUACAGAUGGAGACAGCUGGACUCCAUUUACAACUCCAGAAACAGUUUAUACAGAUGGAGACAGCUGGACUCCAAUUACAACUCCAGAAACAGCUCUUCCAGAAACAGAGGACGAGCCUGUGACACAGGACAUUAUGGUUGAUCCUUAUACAGAUGGAGACAUCUGGACUCCAGUUCCAACUCCAGUAAUAGAUGAACCCUGGUUUCCAUCUUGUCCUGAUGGUUGGACUACAUUCACUAUUCGUUGUCUCCGCUACGUUGCAGAAAGCAUGACUUGGGAUGAAGCUCAGGAAAACUGCCGGUCCAUGGGUGGAAACCUUGCAUUUGCAGGCGACGCUGAGUCCUUUGAUGACGUUCAAAAGCUGAUUCAGAGUGCUGGCUAUAAUUCUGGAGACGUAUGGGUUGGAGGCUGUGAUACAGAGGAUCCUUCUUGGUCCUGGAGUAUUUUUGACUGGACAUCUGAUGAGCGUGAGCACUUCUGUUUUCAACCCUCUGGAGAAAACGUGUCGGGGUGCUUGAAUGAAACGCAGUGCGAUUCUCAUCUCCCAUCAGUCUGCAGCAUUAUUCUCAUGUGAUUCCUGGGCUGAAACAGAGGCAUGAUCCGUCUGGAAAAAGCACAAACACUGGCCGAUGUGUAUUUGUGCCAUCACUCUCAUAUGCAACCUGAAUUCUCGGAAUCUCAUUUGACAUCUUUCUAUCGCUGUAACGCUACGAAGGAGGAUCGAAGUGACAUGAACUGGCUGGAUGGUCUCUGAGGCUUUGUGCCUUUAAUAAGAGCAGACUGAAUGAGUUAUGAAAAGAAGGAUUUUAGCAUGGCUUUACUCUGCAGAGUGAACUUUUCUUGUCUUGUGCAAAUUAAAAAGCUUAAGCAUUGAAAAAG